AUAUAUCAUCGGCUGGGUCACAGAUAUAUCGUGGUCGUCCUGCUGCGAGGAUCGUUUCGUUUCUUGCCACAUAGUGAAUCGGUUGUAGGUCGUCGAACAACGGAAGAAAAUGUCGUUCGAGCUUCGUAUGCAACCGUUGGGACCGGAAGCUAAGGCCAUGGCGGAGAAGGAGCUUAGAGAGAUACCGGAGAACAUUCAGGAGGGGCUCGCUCAGUUAAAGAAAUACCUGGAGGAGGACAAGAAGCUCCAUUUCAAAACGGACGACGAUUUCCUGUUGAUUUUUCUUCGACCAUGCAAAUUCUACGCGAACAGCGCUUACGAAUUGAUGAAGAGGGUCGCCGAAUUCAAAGAGAAAAACGCAGUCCUCUUCGACAAUCUAUUGCCCGCCGACGAGAAGGUGGCCAUUUUGGAGCACAAUGUGGUGAAUGUACUUAAAAGCACGGAUCAUAAAGGGCGAAGGGUGCUAUUUGUUAACUGCGGAAAGACUUGGGAUCCGUCCAAAGUCAGCGCCGAUCAGAUACUCCGGUUGCUCUAUUUAGUCCACUUAAUGGCUAUGCAAGAGCCAGAAACUCAGAUAUUCGGUACCGUCGUUAUAAUGGAUUACGAUGGUUUGUCUAUGAAACAAGUGAUGGGUCUCACGCCGUCUUUCAACAUGAAGCUGUUGACUUUCAUUCAGGACGCCAUGCCUUUGCGUUUAAAAGAGGUUCACAUUGUGAAGCAACCAUUCCUCUUCAACAUGAUAUGGCAAAUGUUCAAGCCGCUCGUCAAGGAAAAAUUGAAAAGUCGUAUGUUCUUCCAUGGUACCAAAAUGUCAUCUCUUCAUCAAUACAUUCCAAAGAGUCACUUGCCGAAAAAUUAUGAUGGUGAUCUGCCGGAAAUGGAUUACACCAGUGCAGAUUGGUACCCUACUUUGCUGAAGCACGAGGACAAACUUAAGGAAUGGAGCACUUACGGAUUGCGGAAAAGCCAGUAGAUUAAAGGAGAAAAUUCGAAAUAUUCCAAUUUUUCUUCGAAAUUUUCCCUUUUUGAUCACGCGCAGCCUUGUACAAAAUACUAUUAAGUACUUCACGAAUCGUUGUAUAUUUUUCCUAUUAAUUCUUGUAAUUAUUUGUAAUAUUUUUGUACUAUCAGUUACUCUUCCUGUAUCUUAUAAAUGAUUUUCCCAAAAGAUCGUCGCGUUUCGUUUAUCCGUGGAAAUCACAAUUUCAUUUUAUUUCCUUUUUCGUAUUUAAUUCACGUUCUCAAUGUGUGCGUAUUAAAACGAUUUUGUGACCGUGGUUUUCGAGUAAAACUCAUGCUCGCCGGUACGUGUAGUUGGGAAACGAAGAACAAAUUGAAUCAAAAUGAGUGUAAGUAGGGAAAUGAAUGGUAAUGUAGGGUAAAUAGAAAAUAGGUGAUAAUAUUCCAGUUUUAAAUGGGCUCUUAGACGUCUCCUUAUUCUUUUAAUAAACAUAAGUAUACGAGUGCUUUAUUAAAAAAAUUUCUAAGGAAAUGUACGAAACGACGAAGACGUUUCUUAAAUUAGGUCAAAGUGCGAUAAUAUACUCUUCUCGUCUCUUAUUCGUACGACGUACGAGUAUAAUAUUGCGUGAAAAAUCUAGAACACUCUGAACAUUAAAAUCCUAAAAUAGAAGAAUAAAAAUGUUCGACACUUUUCAUAUUCGACGUGACAAUAGGAGCAGCAGCUCGCUGGCUAGGCUACUUUUCUAAUCGUCAAACUUUCACACUCCGAAAUACAUUUCGGACUUUCUCUGUUUCCAUCUUUCGUAAUCAUAAUUCAUUCGUAAUCACGGAUGCAUCUGGGAAAGAAGCGAUGUAACGCAACUUCCUUGGAUUACGUGAUGAAGUAAUAGAAAAUCUUCCUAUUUCAAGCGAUCAGACUUUAGUGAAAUUUUCUAUGUACUUAUUUAUUUUCUUAAUGUAAUUCCAAAUCAGUAUCGAUUUCAAUUUUUACAUAUCUUCAUUGAUUUAUUUUUGUGCAAUCUUAUCUAACCAACAGGCUUUUCGAAUAUUGAUUGAUAAUAUCAGUUUUUGCGUAAGACGGAUAUGGAGCAUCAUUUAUUGAAUUGCUGUUUUCAUGAUAUAAAUUACAAAUUACGAAUUUCUUAAAAGUUACAUAAGGCUUUGACUGUAUCAAAGACCUCAACUCUGACCUCAUCGCUAUUCGAACAAUACCUAUUCUUCG